AUGCGGCACGCCAGCAGGGCCAACGACCCGGAGAUCCGCGACCACAUGUCGCGGGCCAACGAGGCGUUUGUGCGCGGCGACCUCUCGGGCGCGUGGCGCCACUACUCGGAGGUGAUCCAGCGCGACUCGCGCAACUUCAACGCGUACAAGACGCUCGGCGAGAUCUGCCAGAUCCGCGGCAACACGCACAAGUGCUGCUUCUUCUGGCUCCUUGCUGCGGAGAGCGGCGAGGCGGACGCGGACUUCUGGGGCCUCGUGGCCGACAUGAGCGCGCAAUUGGGGCACGUGGACCAGGCCGUGCACUGCUACACCCAGGCCAUCGCCAAGUCCGACGGCGUGCCGUGGCACUACGUGUGCGAGCGCGCGCUCCUCUACAAGGAGAAGAAGCACUACGUGCGUGCGUUGGAGGGCUUCCAGAAGUUGCUCGCGGCGUACCCGCUGGAGGCCGCGGCCGUGCGCCACUUGGCCAGUGUGUACGUGGAGCAGAAGCGGUACAACGACGCGGUCGGCCUCUACAUGCGCGUGCUCGACAGCAACUUGCACCCGCCGCCGGGCCGCGAGUACGUGGUGUUCGACUGGACGGAGCUCCACAUCACGUGCGAGUUGCUCGCGGCGCAGGAGGCGUGGGCCUCGGGCGCCCGCCUCAUCCGGCUCGUCGCGCGCUGGAAGCAGAACAGAUCCGACGAGGCCUGGUGGGACGAGCACGACGACGCGGAGUUCGCCAAGCCGCGGCGCCUCGCGUACGUGCGCGCCAAGAGGCCCACGGCCUGCGCCCUGCUCAUGGCGCGCGACUACUCGUUGCCCAUCGACAUCCGCUUCAAGCUCGGCUGCUUCCGCCUCGAGCUCGGCCAGAAGAACGAGGCCGUGGAGCACUUCGGCUACUUGUUCCAGCAGGAGGACAAGAGCGAGGUGCUCGACCUCUUCUACGAAGCGGGCGCCGGCCUCGAGGCCCACGGCCACUACGCCGAGGCCGUGUGGUUCUUGAAGUACCUCUUCGACAACGACGCCAACACGGAGCUGGACCUUCUUCUCGGCAAGUGCUUGCUCGAGACCGACAGCUUCCGCGACGCCAAGACCGUGUUGAUGAAGACCCUCAAGCGCGACCCCGCCAACGUCGACGCCAAGUUGACGCUCAUCGAGGCCUUGUACCACACUAACGAGAUGGACUUGGCCACCGAGCUCAUGGAGGACGUGGCCAAGAGCCACGUCCCGCGCCUCCCCGAGCGCCUGCUGGAGACGCCGCACGCCGCCGAUGCCGCCGACGCCGCCGACGCAGACCCGCACGACAACCUCGCGCUCAUCAAGAACUCGUCCUACUACAAGAAAAUCAGAAAGAACGACUUGGACGCCAGCGACCGCCAGGCCAUCGAGGAGAACGCCACCCGCGUCGUCAGGGACAAGUUCACCCGCAUGUCCCGCUUGCAGCAGGCCAUUGACCAGCGCCACGACGCCGCGGUCUCGGCGUGGCUCAAGCUCGCGUCUCAGCUCAUCGAGAUGUUCGUGGAGGUCCGCACCUUCUUCCCCAAGAACCGCAAGACCGUCUUCAAGGGCAUCGCCAUCUACAAGCGCAAGAAGUCCUUGGCCUUCGACGACAAGCUCCAUCGCAUCCGCGACCUUUUCGAGGGCUACGCCGACGCGGAAAACUCCAGGAUUGUCAUGACCUCCCGCACGGAGUUCCGCGGCCUCGAUUACGACACCUGGUUGUGGGUCUUCGUCCAGUACGCAUACUUGUUGCGCCACUUCAAGAACGACUUGAAGGAAGCCACCGAGACGAUCGACCUAGCCUCUAACGUCAGUGUGUUCAAACAGGACAAGACCCGCAGCAUGCUUCUCCGCAUCGCUCGCCUCGCCCUCGGAAUUCGUCAGCAGGACUAUGCGAUCUCCGUCGCAAACAACAUCCGGUAUUUCCUCACGUCCAGCCAGUUCUCGCCCAGCUCAUACGACUUCUUCAUGUGCUGCUUUGGCUCUGGCGUCGGUGCUUGGGCCGUGUUCUCCAACUACAACCACCAGAAGUUCUUCCUCCGGCAAAUCAAGGCAUAUGACUCCAUGCUUUUCUCCAGCAAAGUGUCGGGCUCUGCACAGCUCACCAUCGAUGUCGACAGCUUCAAAACCAACCGCGAGCACCCACACCUACUCUACAUCUACGCUUGCUUGCUCGGAAGCAACCGCACGUUCUCGUCACCGAUCGUAUACUUGACUCGGGCCUACAGACAAUAUUACAACGACCCCACCAUAUGUUUCGUGCUUGGCUUGGCCCACGUUCAUAGGUCCAUGCAGCGGAACAGUGGCAACCGCCACAUACAGCUUCUCCAAGGCAUCAGCUACCUCUUGGAGUACAAGAGCGCGAGGGAACAAGGUGCAACUGUCUACGAGAAACAAGAAAUCGAGUACAAUUUCGGUAGAUUGUUCCACAUGAUCGGACUUCCCACUCUUGCCGUGCGGCAUUACGAAAAAGUACUUUCUUAUCACGAGCAACUACGCAAUGACUUGGAUUACGACUUGCUGAUGGAGGCCGCUUACAACCUUUCUUUGAUAUACAUAAUCAGUGGGAACUCCAUGUUGGCCAAAGAAAUCACCGACAGAUACCUCACGGUUUAG